GGCGGGGCCGGCAGUCAGACGGGUCUGGCGGCUGGGGGGCGGUGGCCAUUUGCGCGACACCCUCGGCGGCAGGGUCGCUGUCGCCCGGCUGGGAAACCCGUGCUGCGCCAGAGCGGCUGUCUGUCUGUCCGGGGCUCGGUCCGCAUCCGCAGGUGUCGCCAUGCCGUGCCCCUGGCCGCCCUGGCUGCAGCGCGCCGCCCCGCCGGCUGCCCCUGGCUCCCCCUGCAACGCCGCCCCCGCGCGUGACAGCGAGGAUGAGGAAGAGGAGGACGAUGUGGACGGCAGCCCGGGCUCCGACCCCAUGCUGCCGCCGCCCUCGCCAGCCGAGUGCCUCAUCUGCGUGUCGCCCUUCGACGACGCCUUCAAGCUGCCCAAGCGCCUGGACUGCGAGCACGUGUUCUGCCUCGAGUGCCUGGCGCGCCUGUCGCUGGCCACGGCGGGCGGAGGCGCCGCGCUGUCCUGCCCCGUGUGCCGCGCGCCCACGCGCCUCGCCCCGCGCCGCCAGCUGCCCGCGCUGCCCACGCCGCCCGACCUGCUGCCGCGCACGCCCCGCGCCGGCUCCGUGCGCUUCGACCGGCGGCACGGGCUGCUGUACGUGCGGGCGCCCGCGCCCAUGCCCGGCCUGCCCCGCAAGGCCCCCGCGCCGCCGCCGCUGCGCCUCGGCCGCCCGCUGUCCCGCCGCCAGGCGCUGCGCGACUCGGCCUGGGCCUUCAACGCGGCCGUGGGGCUGGCGGUGCUGGUGGCCGCGGGGCUGGUGGUGUCGGGCGUCUACAUCUUCCUGCUCAUCCCGCACGCCUCGCCCGGGCGCCCGCAGCUCGUGGCCUUCGCGCCGCCGCCCGGCUUCUCCUGGCUGCCCCCGCAGCAGCGGCCCUGGCUGACUGUCACGUCGGGCCCGUGGCUCGGCGCCCCCAAGCCCGCGGCGCCCAACCCCAAGCCGGCGCCCUACCAGCCGCCCGCGCCCAGGGAGCCCGCGCCCCCACCCCGGGAGCCCGCGCCCAAACCCCCGGAGCCCGCGCCCCUGGGCGGCCACCCCGACCCCCCCGACGGCCCGCCCCAGCCCGCGCUCGAGCCCGCGUCCGUGGAGGCCACGCUCAACCAGACGCGCCCUGGGACCCCGGACCGCGAGUAGAGCAGAGCGCUGUCCCGGGCCUGGGGCUGGGGAGGGGGUUUGCACCCAGGGGCUCCCCUGGGGGUGGUGAGGGAGGGGAAGGGAGCCCCCCC